AUGGAGGAGUUAGCAAUUGGUUUAGAGGCAGUGCACCUCUCGGUCGAGAAUGAUGAACAGGAGGAGCAGGGGCAGGGUAUGGACAUGAGGCAGGGCAGUCCGAAUGUCGUAGGCGAAUCGGAGGAUGAGGUCCUGAGAGCGGAACGCGAUAAUAGGGUGGUGUAUCAGAGGCGGGAGACAAGAACAAAGAAGAAGUAUGAUCAGGAGCGGGAAGCACGCGAGGAGGAAGAGGCGAAGCGGAGGGUGGAACAGAAGCGUGUGAGGCUCGAGGACCAGGAGCGAGAGGAGAGGCGGCAGAGGGAGGAGGAAGAGCGGAAGAGGGAGGAGGAGAAAAAGGCUGAGCGCGAAAAGGAGUCGAAGCGGCAGAAGGAUGAGGUGGAGCGGAAGAGGGAGGAGGUGAGGAAGGCAGAACGCGAAAAGGAGCAGAAGCGGCAGGAGGAGGAGGAGGAGGUGAAGAGGGAGGAGGCGCGGAAGGCCGAACGCGAAAAGGAACAUAACCGGCAGAAGGAGGAGGAGGAGGAGAGGAAGAGGGAGGAGGCGAGGAAGGCGGAACGCGAAAAGGAGGAGAAGCGGCAGAAGGAGGAGGAGGAGCGGAAGAGGGAGGAGGCGAGGAAGGCGGAACGCGAAAAGGAGGAGAAGCGGCAGAAGGAGGAGGAACGGAAGAGGGAGGAGGCAAGAAAGGCAGAACGCGAAAAGGAAGAUAAGCGGCAGAAGGAGGAGGAGCGGAAGAGGGAGGAGGCGAGACAGGUAGAACGCGAAAAGGAGGAGCAGCGGCAGAAGGAUGAGGAGGAGCGGAAGAGGGAGGAGGCGAGGAAGGCGGAACGCGAAAAGGAGGAGAAGCGGCAGAAGGAGGAGGAGGAGCGGAAGAGGGAGGAGGCGAGGAAGGCGGAACGCGAAAAGGAGGAGAAGCGGCAGAAGGAGGAGGAGGAGCGGAAGAGGGAGGAGGCGAGGAAGGCGGAACGCGAAAAGGAGCAGAAGAGGCAGGAGGAGGAGGAGGAGCAGAAGAGGGAGGAGGCUAGGAAGGUGGAACGCGAAAAGGAGGAGAAGCGGCAGAAGGAGGAGGAGGAGCGGAAGAGGGAGGAGGCGAGGAAGGCGGAACGCGAAAAGGAGGAGAAGCGGCAGAAGGAGGAGGAGGAGCGGAAGAGGGAGGAGGCGAGGAAGGCGGAACGCGAAAAGGAGCAGAAGAGGCAGGAGGAGGAGGAGGAGCAGAAGAGGGAGGAGGCUAGGAAGGCGGAACGCGAAAAGGAGGAGAAGCGGCAGGAAGAGGAGGAGCGGAAGAGAGAGGAGGCUAGGAAGGCGGAACGUGAAAAGGAGCAGAAGCGGCAGGAGGAUGAGGAGGAGCGGAAGAGGGAGGAGGCGAGGAAGGCGGAACGCGAAAAGGAGCAGAAGUGGCAGGAGGAGGAGGAGCGGAAGAGGGAGGAGGCGAGGAAGGCGGAACGCGAAAAGGAGGAGAAGCGGCAGAAGGAGGAGGAGGAGCGGAAGAGGGAGGAGGCGAGGAAGGCGGAACGCGAAAAGGAGGAGAAGCGGCAGAAGGAGGAUGAGGAAGAGCGGAAGAGAGAGGAGGCGAGGAAGGCGGAACGCGAAAAGGAGCAGAAGAGGCAGGAGGAGGAGCAGAAGAGGGAGGAGGCUAGGAAGGCGGAACGCGAAAAAGAGGAGAACCGGCAGAAGGAUAAGGAGCGGAAGAGGGAGGAGGCGAGGAAGGCGGAACGCGAAAAGGAGGAGAAGCGGGAGGAGGAUGAGGAGGAGCGGAAGAGGGAGGAGGCGAGGAAGGCGGAACGCGAAAAGGAGCAGAAGAGGGAGGAGGAGGAGGAGGAGCAGAAGAGGAAGGCUGAACGCGAAAAGGAGCAGAAGCGGCAGGAGGAUGAGGAGGAGCGGAAGAGGGAGGAGGCGAGGAAGGCGGAACGCGAAAAGGAGCAGAAGAGGCAGGAGGAGGAGGAGCGGAAGAGGGAGGAGGCGAGGAAGGCGGAACGCGAAAAGGAGGAGAAGCGGCAGAAGGAGGAGGAGGAGCGGAAGAGGGAGGAGGCGAGGAAGGCGGAACGCGAAAAGGAGGAGAAGCGGAAGAGGGAUGAGGAGGAGCGGAAGAAGGAGGAGGCGAGGAAGGCGGAACGCGAAAAGGCGGGGAAGAUUGUGGAGGCCAACGAGCGAGAAACGCGCGAGGAGGCGAGGGUGGAGGAGCGAGAGCGACAGAGGCAGGUCGGGGAUGGAGCUCGGCAAGUGGUGGUUGGCGACCAGCCAACCCUGGGGCAUCACGGAACAACUGUUGGUCGGGCAGCGGAUGUUGGUUUACCGGGAUUGAGAACAGGCGGACCGAGGCCGAUGAUGCAGCGGGAAGGUGGCCGGCGUGAUGAUCAAACAGCCCGGAACAGGGUCUGCGCGGGAGACCAUAGGAGGUUCGAUCAAUCAAGGCAAGCUGGUAGGCGAGAGGGUGAAGCGAUUGGAACGCGGCAGGGUGAGCGAAUGGCGGAGGAUCAGGUCUGGCGUGGGGUGGGAUGGGGAAUGGAAGGAGUGCGACACAGGGAGUUUCAGCAGAGAGAGGCGGGAGGACGUGCGGACGAGGAACUAGAGAGUGCGGCUAGUGCGCUCCCCAUGCAGAGGCGGCAUCCACGAGCGGCAGAGAAUCCUGCUGCGGUGCAGGGAGAGGAACUAGAGGAUGGUGAAUGGGUGGCUGUGGAGGCGCUACUGGCGGGACUGGAGCAAGCGGGGCCGCAGGUUUUCGAGGAGACGGAGCGAGGAUUUGAGGAGGCUGGCGACCGCAUCGCAGCUGGCGGCAGGAUGCAUACCACAGCAGAGUUGAUGCGGCGUCUGACCUUGGUGGCAAGGUCCGUGGCGAGGGCUUCGUCGGAGCAACGUGUUCGUUUCAUCGACUGCAUGGCAGAGAUUCGAAAAUUUGGUACGCAGAUGCAAGCCUUGGACAGCCGCUACUUCCAGGACUACGAUGAUCUAACACACGAGUACCACGAGCUCAAGGCCGGGGUGGUCCGGGAACGCGACGAGCUAACCCAAUUGCGUACUGCUCUUUCGGCUUCUGUCGCCGAAGCACGAGCGGCAGCAGCUGAUGCGGGUCGCGCAGCUGCAGCAGCGGCUGUGGAAGCAUUGGAGGAAAGGUUACAGGGGUUUUUCGAGAACUUACGGGAGAAGCUGAAGAGUGUGGUGGAGCAGGUGAUAGAGCAAUCGUCGCUAGAGGCCUCGUUCACAUCCACCUCCAUGGAACACCUGCAAGCGGCUAUUGACAAUAGUGUACUCGCAGUGUGGGAGGAUCUCAGGGCUGCGGACGACCAAAAUAAUCUGACUUUCAACAAGAUUCAGAAGGCUCUGGCAGGACUGUCAACAAAGCUCAAAGGGCUGACUGGACCCAGCAAGGUCCGAAAGCCACCCACCGCCAGGGGAGAGGCCACACCAAAGGCUUCGCGAAAGCAGCCCGAAGCAGAUUCCCCAGACAUCCCAAUCUCCUCAGCACAACGAGUCAUUGAAAGGUUUGCCGCAACGUCCGAGGGUGAGGAGGGUGACGCUGGUGAGGCGGGUGAGACGGGCGCUGGUGUGGCAGAUAUUGACUUGUCUGAACCAGUGAGGAGAAACUGGAGAGAGACGUACGCAGCAAAGAACGUGCAGAAAGAGAGGGAGACGGAGAGCGAAGAGAGGAGGACGGCUGAAGCGCGGAAGCGGCAAGCACUUCAGACGGCGCAAGUGACGGCUGCAAAGAAGAGGCGGGCUGAGAAGGGGUUGGGAAAUACGAGGGUGGAGGACCGUCCUGGGACUGUCAGCAGGGGGAGAGUAACAGAAAACCAACCGGCGGGUACAGCUGCAGAGGCAAGGAAGGCAGAACGCGAAAAGGAGCAGAAGCGGCAGGAGGAGGAGCGGAAGAGGGAGGAGGCAAGGAAGGUAGAACGCGAAAAGGAGCAGAAGAGGCGAAAGGAUGAGGAGGAGCGGAAGAGGGAGGAGGCAAGGAAAGCGGAACGCGAAAAGGAGUUGAAGCGGCAGAAGGAUGAGGAGGCGCGGAAGAGGGAGGAGGCGAGGAAGGCGGAACGCGAAAAGGAGGAGAAGCGGCAGAAGGAGGAGGAGGAGCGGAAGAGGGAGGAGGCGAGGAAAGCGGAAUGCGAAAAGGAGUUGAAGCGGCAGAAGGAUGAGGAGGCGCGGAAGAGGGAGGAGGCGCGGAAGGCAGAACUCGAAAAGGAGCAGAAGCGGCAGGAGGAGGAGGAGCGAAAGAGGGAGGAGGCGAGGAAGGCAGAACGCGAAAAGGAGGAGAAGCGGCAGAAGGAGGAGGAGCGGAAGAGGGAGGAGGCGAGGAAGGCGGAACGCGAAAAGGAGGAGAAGCGGCAGAAGGAGGAGGAGGAGCGGAAGAGGGAGGAGGCGAGGAAGGCGGAACGCGAAAAGGAGGAGAAGCGGCAGAAGGAGGAGGAGGAGCGGAAGAGGGAGGAGGCGAGGAAGGCGGAACGCGAAAAGGAGUUGAAGCGGCAGAAGGAUGAGGAGGCGCGGAAGGCAGAACUCGAAAAGGAGCAGAAGCGGCAGGAGGAGGAGGAGCGGAAGAGGGAGGAGGCGAGGAAGGCGGAACGCGAAAAGGAGGAGAAGCGGCAGAAGGAGGAGGAGGAGCGGAAGAGGGAGGAGGCGAGGAAGGCGGAACGCGAAAAGGAGGAGAAGCGGCAGAAGGAGGAGGAGGAGGAGGAGUGGAAGAGGGAGGAGGCGAGGAAGGCGGAACGCGAAAAGGAGGAGAAGCGGCAGAAGGAGGAGCGAAAGAGGGAGGAGGCGAGGAAGGCGGAACGCGAAAAGGAGGAGAAGCGGCAGAAGGAGGAGGAGGAGCGGAAGAGGGAGGAGGCGAGGAAGGCGGAACGCGAAAAGGAGGAGAAGCGGCAGAAGGAGGAGGAGGAGCGGAAGAGGGAGGAGACGAGAAAGGCGGAACGCGAAAAGGAGGAGAAGCGGCAGAAGGAGGAGGAGGAGCGGAAGAGGGAGGAGGCGAGGAAGGCGGAACGCGAAAAGGAGGAGAAGCGGCAGAAGGAGGAGGAGGAGCGGAAGAGGGAGGAGGCGAGGAAGGCGGAACGCGAAAAGGAGGAGAAGCGGCAGAAGGAGGAGGAGGAGCGGAAGAGGGAGGAGGCGAGGAAGGCGGAACGCGAAAAGGAGGAGAAGCGGCAGAAGGAGGAGGAGGAGCGGAAGAGGGAGGAGGCGAGGAAGGCGGAACGCGAAAAGGAGGAGAAGCGGCAGAAGGAGGAGGAGGCGAAGGCGAUGGAAAGGAGGCGGGCACAGAGGGAGGCGGAGUUAGAAGCUAAGCGCCAGCAGAUUGCUAAGAUUGCGGAAACAAAGCGGUUGGAGGCAGCAAAGCGAAAAAGAGACCUCGAAAUAGAGCGUCGGAAAGCCCUGGAGGAGAUCGAGCGUAUUGCACGGUUAGAGGAAGCCGUAAAGGAGGAAGAAGAGAGGCAACAAAUGGAGUUAGAGGCGGAAACAGAGAAAAUGGAAAACGAGAGGCGACGGAUUGCGGGGGAGGAUGAGGAAGGGGCAGCGGGGCAACGGCAGGGAGGAGAGGCGGAAGAAGGGUGGGCCGGGAUUCUUCAAGUGAUUUCAUUGGUUCCCGAUGAACCGCUGCAAGUAGUUGACCUCGUGGGGGAGGUGGAGGGUUCGGAACAUGUGACAGGCUCUGGAGGUCUAGAGACUCAACCGCCUUUGAAGAGGCUUCGCAUUGACCAGACCGGAACGAGCUUCGACGCGGAUGAGGGGUCUUUGGGGGCUGCUGCGUCAGAGGAAUGUGUCGGUGAAAAUGUGUCGGGAAAUCAGAACGUUCAACCAACGUUGGGGGAGGCGACGGGAGAGGUGGCACCGCGAAGAGCGGAUGUGCUACCAGACGAGCUAGGGAAGCGGUGGGGGGAAACAAAGCAUUUCAGAUCGAGUGAUCUUACCAAACGCGAGAAGAAGAACAAAAAGGGGGAAGUGGUGUACGUGCGCUACAACUCGGAGCAAACCGUCGGAGGUGUGAAGAGGAACAUGGGGAGCUACAAGGAGCGGAAACUACGCGAUUUCACAGUGGCCGUCUGUUGGAUGGCCUACUUCCCCGACACCGACAUGGCCCAUUACGGCUUGGAUCCUGCCGAGCUUGGCUUGUGGGCGGUCCACCUCGAUUUCGCUCGUGAACUCCCGACGGGUGUCUGGAGUGUCAUGAACGAAUUGAACCUCGACAAGUUCGAGAACUUCGAAAACGUCAUGAACAAGACAAAUGCACGGGUGAAGGACGGCGCACAUUUCCAGGUGGCCGUUUGCACAGGGAUUGGACAGGCCCUGGUACACGGAGGGAGUGGGCUGGUGUCGCCCCCCGCGAAUGUCACUCCCGCGGUCUAUGCAGCGGGAGUAGCUGCAACCCUCUACACCUUGUGGUGUGCCUCGAUCGGCAUUCCCCACCAGGACUGGGCGGAGGGUGCGGAUGAGGCGGCUCGUGGCACGCUCAACGAGGCAAGCCUUGCUAGUCGAGCAACCUCUACUGCUCGCCUCGGAGUGUGGACCUUGAAGGCCGUGAAGAACCUAACGCACGAGAAGGCGGAUUGGGAAGUGGUGCUCACCAAGGCCAUUCUCGGCCUUGUGGAUCCCGAGCCCGGGGAGGCAGAGGCUAUUGAAAUGGCCAAGGUGGUUUCGAGGGUGCUGGUGUACUGGUGCGAGUGCUGUCACGCAAACCAGAGUCUUUACGCGUAUCAGGGUGGGAUGCUCCAUUUUCCCCAGCCCACAAAAGGGGGACGGCGGAAGGGGAAUGCGGGAGGCAACGAGUGA